AUGGGAAGACUAGGGAAAGCCUGUCCCAAGGAUGUCCCGCUUGUUUCUUCAGUUGAGAGUGCUGAUUCUUCAAAAGAACCUUUCGUGCCUAACGAUUUUGCUGAUGAUAAUGUUAUGUCUUUGAAUUCUUCUGGUGAUGAUGAAGAGCUUGGCAAAGCACUUUACAAUUUCUAUGUGAAAAAUAAAGUCAAGCACCUGAAGAGGAAAUUGUCUUCUGUUAGUAGAAGGAAUGUUAGGCAGAAACGAUCUUCUGAUUUCCCUGUUUGUUCGACGUUCACUCGAUACUCUGGAAAGUUCUUCUCGGGAGUUGUUGAUGGCAUGUGUUCUAGGUACAAGGAUGUUAUUCAGACGUAUGGCAUGGGUUGUCUCCUUAAUUUUGUCCGGAUCGAGGUUCCUCUUAGGCUAGUUAAGUGGCUUGCAUCUAGGUUCGACGUUCCUGCUUUCGAGUUUCAGUUGAAAAGGAAAUUCAUACCCUUAACUAAGUAUGAUAUCCAUGACAUCCUUGACCUCCCAGUAGAUGGUGAGCCACUUGUUUCAGAUCCUGAGGCUGGUCGUGAUUUUAUCCUCUCUCAUUUCAAUCUUACUAGUAUCCCACCAGUGUCCUUUUUUGCCAACAAGCUUAAAUCUGUAGAAGUUGAUUUGCUUGAUGAGGACGUCUUCAUUUGUUUCAUGAUUGUGGCUUUCUCUACUUUCCUUUGUCCCAACUCUAGCUUCAGUCCUAGUCCGAAGUACCUCCACAUCUUUCAGGAUUGUCAGUCUGUGCGUUCCUAUGAUCUUUCUAGUUUUGUUUACGAGUGGCUUUUGAGUAGCAUCAAAAAAUUCAAGGAUGCUACUAAAGUUGCCUCCAAAAGAUCAGUGACCUUCGGUGGAUGCCAUUAUGCAUUUGCCGUAAGUUUUCUUUUUUCUUUUCUUUUAUUUAUGUUGUCCUUAAUCUGUUUGAAUGUUUAUUAUUUAGUUUAG